UCGAUUCCCAGCUAUGCUAGGAAUAGAGUGAAGGUGGUUGGGGUUGGGGCAAUUGGCAUGCACAGUUGGAGCGCGCCCACUCCAUGAGCAUGACCGCCUCCUCUAGAUAGGAAGCCGCUGCCCCCCGUCCGGACGACGAGCCUGGUUACGUUGAUGAUCGGCCGGGCAGGGCAUGGACGAGCUCCUCCUCCUCUUCCUGCUCAAAAUGGAGGCUUUCCACAUACAAUUCUCUCGCAGCUCCUGAAUCUCGUAGCCUAGAGCGCACACGCUAGGUUGGUAGAUUGCUGCUGGUGGAUAGGUACGUGCGUUUUGUAGGCAUUAGGCAGCAGCAGGGCAGGUGCUGUGUGGUUGUCGUGGUACAAAUCACGUGCUGCUGCUGCUGCUGGUGGUGGUGGAUGGGUUUCAUGGCCGGGAUGCUCCCUGGCGUCGAGUUCGCCAGGAGGAGGAGGCUCCGGCCGGCGGCGGAGGCCCCGUGCGCCGGCCCGCGCCGGCCGUCGUCGCUGGGCACGUUCGGGCACGACCACGCCCACCUCGGCUCGGCAGGUUUUGCGAAGCAGAGGAGCGGCGCGUGCGAGGAGGCGUGGACGACGCAGCUGGACAGCAUCGCCCGGGAGGCCAAGGAGAGGCUGGAUCAGAAGCUCAGGAGCCAGAGAGAAUCCAUGGCCAAAAGGCGCCACAGCACGGGAAGCCUCCGGCUCCCGGCCCCGUCGAGCACCGACGGCGACCACCCGGCGAACGACACGGCCGGGGCGGCGAGCGGGCUGCAGCGAGAGCUGUUCACGAAGAAAGGCGGCGGCCGGCGGUUCAGCUGGGGCCGGAGGAAGGAGCAGGAGCAGCAGCAGCAGGCGGAGUGCGCGGUGUGCCUGGAGGAGUUCCGGGCGGGGGACGUGCUGGCGCACCUCCCCUGCGCGCACCGCUUCCACUGGGCCUGCGCCGUGCCCUGGGUCCAGGCCGCCGCCCGCUGCCCCUUCUGCCGCGCCGCCGUCCCCCUCGCCGACCACCAGCAUGUCUAGCGCACGUUAGUCCCUUCUUUCCUUCUCCGCCGGACCAGGCCAUGGCGCGUCGGUGGAGCCGCGUGGCACGGCAGUCGCCUGCGAAUGGGAUGCCUUGUGUCGAGGCCGCUUCUGCUGUGUGUACGGCGCGCGGGUCGCCGGUGUCGCCUGCGAAACAAGCGUGUGGUGGUGCGCGGGGAGACGUGUCCGGCCAUGUCGCCGUCGCCGGGAGUUGAAAAUAUAUAGGCCGUGUUUGUUUCAUAAGUCUUGAGACUUUUUUAAGUCUCAACUUAUAAGUCAUAAGUCUCUACCUGUUUGUUUACACGGACUUAUAAGUCCCGAGUCCCUAUCUGUUCGUUUACAGAGACUUAUAAAUCCAUGUUGCACCUAAUAAUACACUUGUUCA